UUGCGCCAAAUUACACAUGGAAGCGCAAAGAUACUUGUUUUUUUUCCCUGCCUCUCCACUUUGUAUCUUUGUUACUUUUCUUGAGGAGCAAAGAAAAGGAAAUCUUUGUAAGGAAGGGGCGCCUGCAUUUGCACUCUGGGAGCAAGAAAUUGACCGGAAGAUGCAAUCUUGUUCAUUAGUAUCAACCUCAAAUCUUUUUCCCACCCAUCCAUAAAGUGAUACAACAGAUAAAAGGGUUUUGAAAAAGUGGAGGUGGGGGAUUAAUGGGAAUAAGACCUCACAAAGUUGCCGCAAAGAAUCUUAAUCCACACAAGAUAGUAAAAAAAGAGGCGACUAAUUUUUGAUGCAUAAGAAAAGAAAAUAAAAGAGUUGGGUUCCCUUCCCUUCACCAUUCGGAUAAGCCUCUGUUUAUGUUUCCCUUUCUCUGUAGUUUUAGUUCAUUAUUAUUAUAUUGUUAUUAUAUAGCCGCAAUGCCAGGAAGGACUAGCAAGUAAGGCAAAGAAUGUGAGUAACUGCGAGGGAGAAGAAUUAGAAAACAAAACCGUAGAGGGAAAGAAGAGACUCUUUCUUUCUUUCUCUCUUUCCCUCGCUUCUCUUCCAUUUCGCCAAUCCAUCGCAAAGCAAAACCCCCUCAAAACCCCACCCAAAAGGCAACAUAAUUUUCCGUUCUCCAAUAAUUACCAUCAUUAUUAUUAUAAACCUUGUUUAUUAUAUAACUCCAUCCCAUUUCCCCAAAAUUUUCGACCUUCCUAAGUAGUUGUGCAUUGAAGAAGAAACAAAAAAAAGGAAAAAAGAAACAAAAAACAGAGAAAACCCGCAACCCCUCUUUUCUUACCCCGCAAAACCCGAGUCAUUAUUAUUGCUGAUUGAAAGAACAAAGAACAAUGCUUCCCAUCACCUGCAUUCUUUUAAUGUGCCUCCUCAGUUCAUUCUCACCCCCAAUCAAGGCAGUCCACAACCUCAACCUCACCUUACCCCACCAACACCCUUACCCUGAAGCGGUCGUUCACGAACUUCAACGGAAAGUCAAUGCCUCACUCUCCAGACGCCAAAUGCUCUCAAAGGACCAAGCUCCCUGCCUCACUGGAAACCCCGUCGACGAUUGCUGGCGCUGCGACCCAAACUGGGCCGCCAACCGCCAGAAGCUGGCCGACUGCGGCGUCGGGUUCGGCCGCGACGCCAUGGGCGGAAAGGGCGGUCAGAUCUACGUUGUCACGGACUCCUCCGACCGGGACCCUGCCAACCCGACGCCCGGCACGCUCCGGCACGCCGUCAUCCAAGACGAGCCACUCUGGAUCGUGUUCGCCGCCGACAUGACCAUAACGCUAAAACACGAACUCAUCUUCAACAGCUAUAAAACGGUGGACGGGCGCGGAGCCAACGUGCACGUGACGGGGCACGGGUGCAUCACGCUUCAGUACGUGUCGAACGUGAUCAUCCACAACAUCCACGUGCACCACUGCAAGCCCUCCGGGAACACUAACAUACGCGCGAGUCCAACGCACGUAGGGUGGAGAGGCGUAUCGGACGGCGACGGGAUAUCGAUAUUUGGUUCGCGGAAGAUCUGGAUCGACCAUUGUUCGCUGUCGUACUGCACGGACGGCUUGAUCGACGCCAUCAUGGGGUCGACGGGGAUAACCAUUUCGAAUAACCAUUUCGCGCACCAUGAUGAGGUGAUGCUUUUGGGUCACACCGACAAGUACUUACCCGAUAGGGGCAUGCAGGUUACGAUUGCGUUUAAUCACUUUGGGGAGGGUUUGGUGCAGCGCAUGCCACGGUGCAGACUCGGUUAUAUCCACGUCGUCAACAACGAUUUCACACAGUGGCAGAUGUAUGCUAUCGGCGGUAGCGCUAACCCCACCAUUAACAGCCAGGGUAACCGUUACACUGCUCCCUCCGACCCUAAUGCCAAAGAGGUGACGAAGCGCGUGGACACGGACGAGGGGCAGUGGAGUGACUGGAACUGGAGGACGGAGGGGGACAUAAUGGUAAAUGGAGCGUUCUUUGUGCCUUCGGGUGCAGGCCUUAGUGCUCAGUACGCGGAAGCCACGAGCGUCCAACCCAAAUCCGCCGUGCAGAUUGACCAGCUCACCAUGUACUCCGGUGUCUUCGGUGAUCCCAGGGAUAAUGGGGAUUUAUAUCCCGGUUUCAACGGAGGUGGGACCAUAACCGGAGCCACCAGCAAAGGUAACAAUGAGGGGUCCAGCGGUGACGAUGGGGACUUCUUUGGGAUGAUAUUCAGAGGUAGCAGCAGCCAAGCAGCAGCACCAUUAACUUUCUCAUCCAUUGUAUUUGUUUCAACCUUUUUGUCUCUUUUAAUUAUUUUCAUUUUGGACACUACCACCUACCAUGCCAUUCUAUUAUCAUUUCUAUGAUCAUACGAUUGGGAGUGGGGAAAAAAAAAAUUCCUUUGAUACCCAAAAAUUUAUCAAAAGGAAAAGAAAGAUCAAAGUUUCCAUUAUUUCUUUUUAAGUUUAGAACUUAGAAAUCAUGUUUAGUUUAUGCAUACAGCUCUUAAACUAUUAUAAAUCUAAACAGGGCUAGGUGCAAUAUGAUUGGUCAUCUCCUCAAAUGUAUAGAUUAAUGUAUUGAAUUUAGUUUGCUUUCUU